AUGUUACUCAGGGGAAAGUGUGGAAAAACCGUAAAAACAAGGGGAACCCAUGAAAACCAGUAAGUUAUUUUUGUUUGAGGAUAUUUGUAGGCUACUUUAAUACACGUGUUUUCAACUGUAAAGACGCUAUGCCAAGGAAAAAAGGUAGUUUUUUUAAGGUGUGUGAGCCUCCCAAAGCUCUUUCCUGAACUGACGUUGCCUGUAUUCUAGACCCGCGUAUUGAAUUAAACAUCAAAUUAACAUUAAACACCAAAACUACUUUAACCAACCGAGGAAUGGUUUUUAUCGCAGUUUAUUUAAUCUGUUUUGACAUCGUGUAGUAGUAGAAGUAGUAACUCGCUUCUAAAACUUUUUAAGAGCAGUCUGAUAUUCUGCCGCCAGGUGGCAUCACUGUGCCGUGACACAUGCUGGAGGUGUAGGGGACAGCGUGAUGCCAACAUGUCAGUGUGUGUGUUUGUGUUAAAUGAAUCAACGUCGAGGUGUUUGAUUUCACAGUUGAACAGACCAAAUAUUUUGAUCCCUGCCUUUGCAAAAACAGUAGAAAUAAUCAAAUCUGCUGUCAGCUGUGAAUGUUCUCCUUCUGUUUAACAGGGUGCUGUGAUAACAGUGGGAAUUGUUCUUUAUUAUCUACUGAUUUUAUCCACUGUGGAUCUUUUUUCUUCUUUGAUAACAUGGAACAUCUUAAACUGACCUGUACAACUAACUGUGUAGGUGUGUGAAACAGCAGUAAAUACAGCGUAACCCUAACAAAACCAGAACAGGCAGAUAGCCAAAAAACCAUGCCAGUCUACAUCCUCCAUUUUAUUGUUUUCAUCAACCAUUUAUUCUCCCACUUUAAAGAUUUCCACACAUUUAACAAUACACAUCAUGCUUAGCUGCAAUAAACAACUUUUCAAAAGUUGAUGUAAUGCCAUGACGCAAAAUAUUAAUUCAAGGCAUGUCUCUUAUUUUCAUUUUAUCUAAUAUAAAAUUAAUUUAAAAAUCAGAUUGAUCAGUCUUUGGCAUUAUGUCCCCUGAUACAACACUAAAAAAUCAUGAAAGCUAACCCAGAAAGCUUACCCGAUGACAGAUGGGUCAGACCCAACCUUGAUUUCCUGAACAACACGUUUAAAUGCAUUGACACAUCAUGUUUUACGGCUUACAAAUAAUGAAAAGAUCGCAGGACUUAAACAGAUAACAUACCAAUGACAAGUAAAAUGACAAAAUCAGAGUAUAAAACUUAAAACGGGAAGAUAGAGGAACUUUUAGAAACAACAGAAAUAAUUUAAAAAAAAUCAAGAAUAUACCCAAUAAAUGAUAUUUAUGAUUGUACUUAAGUGUUUUGAAAAAGGAGAUAAGCACAUUUUUUUCCACAAAAAUGGAGAAGCAUUAAAAAAAAUAAUAAAUUAUCUCAAAUUCAAGUAUGAAUUAAACCGUCUUAUGUUCAUUAUUUUAUCAAACAUAUGAAUUUUGUAUCAUCUGACUUAUUUUUGAUCAUUAUUAAUAUUUCAAUUAAGUUUAUUUAUGCAGGGUGAAAAUGAGUCUUAAAGCUCCCCUGCAAGACAAAAAUGUGAAGCAGUUUCCCGAUUAAGUGCCAUUGAGCCAGGCAUUUUCCCUUAAACUGAUCCAUAUUAGUGCUGCUCAGUGACCAUGCACACAGACGGCUCCCCUGGUGUGCAGGACAUUUAUGCAACCUUCCUUCCUUCUGCUCCUCCUUAACUCCAGAUCCAGAUUAUGGUGCCUGAUCAGAGGCUGAUGUUGAAUUCACUGAGCUGGUUAGAGGUUCAGAGACAUGUUCCUGUCAGAGCAGGACUGCUGUUCUCAGGCCUUCAACGGCGUCAUGCUGCUCGGCGUGAAUGCGGAAAUCUGUCAUCCUUCCCUUUCGACGUAGAGCCGAUAACACAGCUCCAGAUGGGGGCGUAUUGUGGCCUGUGACCCCUGAGGUCACAGGGUCAGAGCAGAGUGAACAGGGGCCGGUCGUUAAGGACUCCUCAUGGAGUUCCCCUUUCAUCCUCAGGACGCGUGGCUCUCUAAUUGAGGGCCCACCUCCCCAAACCCUAAGUGCGAAGUGCUUGACACCCGAAAAUGACCGCUGGUGUGAACCCCAGGGGAAGGAAAGGGUAGAGAGGACUGAAAGGGAUUACGGUAUUAUCAAUAUAGGUGUGUUACCAAGGCUGCAACAAAGAAUUCGGAACAGAAUUCUGUCAAAGUCGGACAGUUCAGUAAUUAUUUUGUUCAACCAAAGAUCCAAAAGAGAAUGACAUUCAACUUAAAAUGGCGUAAAACUAAAAUAACCAGUUUCACAGAGAGAAGCUGCUCUGGAUUUCAGAUGGAGGGAUGUAAACAGGCGGUACUUUGUUUUAUUUGUAGAUUACUCUUUUUUUAAUGUGUUGCUUAAAUCCUGAGGGUUGAUAAUAAAUCGAAUACUUGCAUAACUAUCAAAUUACCUUUACUGUAGCAGGCUUGUCUGAUCACUUAAUUUUGACCAAAUAAUGUACAGCCUACCUGCCAGGUAGACUCUCCAUUUGCAGUAAUAUCACAUGAUCAGAAUUUCCCUCUAGCAGAAGUGAUAGUCGUGAAAAUGUGAGAAAUUUCUGACUGAAAUUUAUCCUCCUUUUUUAAAGGAAAGUCAGUAAAAUGUUCUUGUUUCAAGUCUCUCUCUGGUUUAAAAUUUAGCGUCUCUCUUUGUUCGUCAACGAGCCGAUUUGACCGGAUUUGUCGUAGGAAAUAGAAAUUGUGUUCAGAAUGAAUAAAUCACUAAUUAUUGGACAAUAGCGUGUGACUUCACGAAGAUCUGCAAGUCCAAGGAAUGAAAAGGCAGAAAGGAGGAGAGAAAUUGAAAAGGCGUCGCUCAUAGUUGUCUGGGAACCUCAGCAGCGAGAUUUACCCACAACCCCUCACCCUGCUUUGCUGCUCACCAGGAUACAAACAACCUUUGUGGGUUCCCUCUCCAGUGAGGUCUAAUUUAGACAAAUGCUGAGGGUUUUGUGUUUUUGGGGAUCUGAGCUGCUCUCAGUUCUUCCUCUGGUGUUAAUGUUGAAAUUCACAGAAACAGAAAGAGGGGAAUUUAUAUUUAUUAGCACCCAUAUAUGAUGUUGAUAAAAAAAAACCUUCAGUUUCCUUCACAACCGCCUACCUUUUUAAAAGAGGAUCAAACGGCUUAAAUCAGACUAGGAUUAACUUUGAUUAUUUUAUGCAUGUAACGAUAACUAUUAAAAAACUCAACAAUGGAGGGAAACAGUCCCAGGUUUUUAUGAAGAACUGCAGGAAAUCAUUUUCAAAUAAAACCUUAAAAUCUAUCAGGAGGAAAAGGAGGUGAUAAUUUGCACAAAAAUAGCAAAUUAGAUCGACAAGAUCACAAAACACACAAAUGUUUCUCUCCAUGCUAAUAACUAAAAGUUUGAAUAAUUAUUACUUCUGUAAAUAGGCUGGUAGAAUAAAAGUGAACACUUAUUAGAUGUUAGUACGAUGUUUUCCUUUGUUUCUCUCAUUGUAAUUCAGCAUAUCAUCUGUAUGCAUACUUCACGUUUCUCAAGACCAACAGGAGAUUUUAAUUUUUGUUUUAAAACUCCUUGAACUUUAUGCACUUCCCCUGAAACAACAAUAAAUACCAGAACUAUCAUCAGACAUUUUUGGUCGACUAAAAAGCCAACUAUAUCUUAAAAAAAGAAGAAAGUGAAAAAUAAAACAAGCCAAUUGUUUUUUACAGGACGUGAUAAAAGUCACUUUGAUAACGCUUGAAAAUUUUUUGCACUGAUUUGAGCUUUAAUCUUUUCAAACUUCUUUAUUUGCACAUCUGUACUGAAUUACUCUGUGAUUCAUCAGCACUUUUAAGAGAGGUUUUCUGUGAUAGACUGAUACUGCCUAAUUAAUUGACCAGGCUCUGGAUCUUAAUAAGGACAAUAUAUAAACCUUGAAUAGUUUUGUAAUGAAUUACUUUCUGGUCUAAAACCAUCAACAGCUCUUUUGCUUUUCUUCAAAAAUUUUCUUCUAUUUUUGUGCAAAACUGAGCAUCAUUUUUUAGCAACAGUGAGGGUUUUCCGGUGGGAUUGAAGAAUCAGACCCUCCCCAAUCACCCUCCCCUUUGUGAUAAUCUAUAAAACCAUCUCACAGAUAUUUCCUGCCAUAUGGAUGCAGAGCAGUCAGCUUUACCUCCUGACUGUUGUAUCUGUUUUACACUCGCACUGUUUCUUCAGUCAGUAGUGCUGCUCUGCUGUGUGUAUGAAGUGGUUGUGUGUACGUAUCAGUUUCUCAGCGUGAUAAAAAGUACGUGCUGCCCGCCUGCAGUCGGCGGCUCAGCUUUCAGAUCAGGCUCACUCAUAUAAUGGCUGCUUUAAUCCAUGCCAAUUAGAGCCACAGGGCACAGGGAGUGGCUGUUUUCACACUGCACCAAUUUACGCUGGGGGUGGGAGAACUGAUUGACAGGCAGCCGUGUGAAAACAGAGACACAGAAUAGGUUAUAAUUUGAACCCACAGAGAGGCAAUAUGGAAGUCGCAGCCUGCAUGGGAAAGGGUUUGUGGGAUCACUCACUAAAGAGUUUUCUCAUUUCACAAACGAUCAAUGAGGAGUGAUCAGUUGAAUGACAUGAAAACCUGAAACACUGAAUAAACUGAGGCUUGAAAGGUUUCUGAAUGAACAAGAAUUGAUUUUGAAACACAGUAAUGAUUUUUUAAACUUAGCUUCUUUCUUCUUCUUAUGAUAUAAUAAAACUAUAGCAGCGUUCACUGUUAAUAGUGUAUAAGCUUUUAGCAAACCUGGUUUUAAUGUAGAUUUGUUUAUUUAAAAUCAUUUAACAGAGAUUAGGAAAACUUGUCUAACCUUAAAAUUUCUCGGAAGUAAAAAUAUGGUUCUGCAUCUUUUCUCCCCGCAAAUAAUUGAAUAACUUCUCAGAUUCAAAUCAAAUGCAGAUAAAUAAAAUGCUAUAAAACGUGAAAUAGAAUUUUGUUUGACACUUAUUGUAUUCACUGUGGAAAAACAACAUUUAAAUAUUAAUUUAUUCUGGUUAGCUAGCAAAGCCAAAUUUAGACCUGUCUGUUUCCUUUAAACACUAAACCUCACAUUUUAAUAUCAGUGAACCACAUAAUUUCUGUAUUUCAGGUCCACAAAAAUCUCCAACAUUCUUGCCUAAAAAAAUAACCAAGUAUUUAGAGAUAAAAAUUGACAAAGUGUUGAACUUCAUGGUGCUGUUAGAUUUUCAGUCACUGCAGAGCUGCUGUUGUCCAGGAGGGGGCGAUCUGAACUGUAGUUAUACAUAGCAAAGAGACUGCAUGAAAACCACCUCCUCUCAGCGUUUGGCCUCUGGUUUCAGUUAUAGGUUUUUGGUAAUGUGGUUAAAACUCCUCCUGAGGAUCAUCGACGAGUUUUUGUUUUAGUUAUGUUUUCUUCCCACUGCUGUUCGUCUGAGCUGACCAUAAAUUUCACAUCUAAGGUGUGUGUGUACAAUAAACUAUCAGUCUUAAGACAUGAGGAUGAAUAAAUUAUGUAACACUACGUUUUUGUUUUUUUGGUUUGUGUGAUAUUGGUUGUUUCUUUGUGUGUGAUACUUGUGGGUGAAAAUAAGUGCAGCUCUUAAAACUGUGAACCAGACAAUAAAAGAGUGAAUGUGAAAAUGUCCAAAGGCCUGUCCUAUACAGUUUUUUAUGUAACACUAAGCUGUUGUGGCCCUUAUUUUUUUUUUUAAGUUAUGUCUUUGGGCAUUUUUGCCUUACUUGGAUUAAACAGCUAAAAAAAGAGAAACAGGAAAUAUGGGGACAAGAUAUUUGGGGAGAUCCUACAGCAAAAGGUCAGGACUUGAACCAGCAAACCACUGUGAUGAGUACCCACGCUAGACACCCAACCCACCAUGCCAUCAGCUCCUCAUAGCCCUUAUUUUUGAGUAGUUUGAUUUCUAACAUUGAUAGUGUCUUAAAUCAACUUUAAAUUACACUAAAAACAAUUCUCUAUUAUCCAGUUUGGUUCUCAUCUCUUGGUUACCUUGUUAGGUUUCAUUAUCCAUGAAAAUAUUGAUUAUAAUAGUUUUGGUUGUGGGCCUCUGGGCCUUUCUUUGUCAGUAUACCCCUCACACAGACAUCUAUGCUGAAUUGAUCUCACAUGUCUGGACAUGCCCGACAUUGUUUUUUGUGCAGGGAAAAACAUGGCAAAAUGAGAAUUUCCUAAAUCUCACAUGAUUGGAAGAGGAUCUGACUGUCAGUGUGAUGCCUUACAGUGCACUUAUGAUUUCAGUUAUUGCUCUAUUAGAUAUUGAUCUAACCAGGUCAACAGCGACCCUAAUACCACAAGUGCCAUAAUUUUAAUUAGAGCAUUUUACAAUUUAAUUUUUUUAUUUUUAUUUUGUUGAAAUAGAGGUUUCUAACGAAAUCUUGAUGCAAAAAAACUUAUUUAAGUGGUUCUUUUAAGCAUUUGAAAUGAAAAAUGGGUCGGUGCAGACGCUAACACAGGGGGAGGGUUAAGAUGAAGAUUCAGAUGUCAAAAAUAUGAAGAAAAUUAAAAAGCACUAAAACUUUUUUUAAGUUAUUAUUUUCGGAUGUUUUUACUUUUUGCUAGACUGGACAGUUGUAAAGAGACAGGACAUGUUACAGGGGGUAGAGAGUGGGGGGGAGACAUGCAUGGACGCUGUAAUGAGAGCCCCAGCCUCAAUAGGGUGCAAGCUUCGACUUCUGGGACAGCAAGCACCCAAAAAUGACAAUAUUGCACACUAGAAUUGUGACGCUACAGAUCCAGAAAAGUAUACCCACUGUGCAGUUUGACCACAGUCCAGGCACAUUAAUCAUGAAACAAUCUGACACUGAAUAUAGAUCCACCUCCUUUAAAAUGCUCUUUUUAGGCCAUGUUUAUCACAUUUUCCUAUGCCAGCUCAUCCAUGCUCUCCCGAAUAUCUCCCACAUUUAAACAUUAGGCACCCCAACAUCGCUCAUCUCCACCAGACAUGUCAAUCAAACGUGAGAUUGCUACUCGUAUUAACAAACAGGGUCCUGACUAGGUUAUAAUCACCGCUGUAUGAAUGUGUUUUUCUUGUGCUGCUCUGAAACAUUAACAUGUGAAAGCCCUGAGUUCCUGUGAACUUAUUUGACCUCUGACCUCUCCCUCUAUGUCUCGCAGACAACAAAUAGCUGCAGCUGCAAUGGAGGGCUCCCAGUCGGUUCUCACCCACCGGCUCCAGUUCAGAUGGACUGGGACGUGUCUGCUCGGAGGCGACAUUGAGUGA